GGCGGUAAUAUGAUAAAGGGAAAUUUUUUCAAUAAAAUGUUUAAAGAGAACAUGUUCAAUAAACAGAAAUUUGGAAAACCAAAAGGAAAAACUCAAGCCAGAGAAGAUCUUACGGAAGGAGAGGCGCCAAACAAAGAAGGUUUUAAAGAGAAACAAAAAAAUAUUUUGGGUCACAAAACGUUUUAUAAACAAAAAUAUAGAAACGCAAAGGGAAAAACUGGAGCCAAAGAAGAUCUUACGGAAGGUGACACCCCAUACGAAGAAUCCCCGAAAGGUGAUGGUGAGAAAGAGGGAGUUGGUUUUGGACAAAUGUUCCCAAAGAAUAUGUUCAGCAAAUAUCAGUUUGGUGGACCAAGGGGAGUAUCUGGAAACAAUGAAGGUCACACUUCAAACGAAGCAGUUAAAAAAGAUGGGGUAGUUAAACACAAGUUAAUUAAAGAUACGAACAACGAUGGUCAAUAUAGUGAAGCACAAUUUGGAUCACCUGAAAUGGAAGGCGGAAAUGAAGGUACAACAGUAGCGGAGAAAACAGAAAGCAGUAGCGGAGAGUUACAACUCUCCAAUUAUUAUGAAAUUUUUCCAAACCUUAUUGUUUACUAA